UCUAGUGAUCACUCAAUUUCCAAUGCAACUUCACUACUUGGGUAGAUUAGCAUUCUAGGUUGUGUGAGAACUUCGUAUGGAGUGAUAAAGAGGAAAAUACAUUUGUCAUAGCGGAGAAAUUGUUGUAGGAUUUUCAUCGCCUGCUAUCUUUAGUUUAUGUUCAUCUAGUGAUCACUCAUUUUCUUUGGCACCCUUUGAGUGCAUCAUUCGAUUUCUGGUUUGCUAUCCUUCGUCCUAAGUUCUACAUUCUCUCUUCUGGUUCGUGAUUUAUUUGAAGAUGACUGGAGAAGACAAAACAUCGGACAGUAACAAUAGUUUACGUGUACCCGAGAUUCUUCCAGUAAAUAUUAAGCUCACCGACAACAAGCUUAAUGGCUCCAACUACUUUAAGUGGAGCAAAACUAUUCGUAUCUAUCUUCGGAUAAUGGGAAUGGCUUCUCAUCUCACAUCGGAUCCUCCUAAAGGUAACGAAACUGAUUCAUGGUUCCAAAGUGAUGCUCGUUUGUACUUGCAAAUUAUCAAUACUAUUGAGUCUUCUGUCUCGUCUCUGGUUAGUCAUUGUGAAUAUGUGAAGGAACUUAUGAAUUAUCUUUAUUUUUUGUAUUCUGGACAAAGUAACAUCUCUCGGAUCUAUAGUGUUUGUAAGUCCUUUCAUCGUGGAGAACAACAGAACCGAUCACUCACUACGUAUGUCAUGGAGUUCAAGAAAGUGUAUGAGGAGCUUUACUCUCUUCUUCCAUUAAGUGAUGAUGUCAAAGUCAUGCAGACUCAGAGGGAACAAGUGGUUGUUAUCAGUUUCUUGACCGAUUUGCGACCAGAAUUUGACUCUAUCAGAUCUCGGUUCUUGAAUGAAUCUACUAUUCCUUCUCUUCAAGAAACAUUUGUCCUUGUUCUUAGGAAUGAGAAUCUUCAGGCUUCUCAAACUUCUGAUCACAACAGUGUCUGGUUGGUUGAGGGGGAUUUCGUGGGGGUCACCGUGGUGUCUCUAAAGGUGGCCACAGUGACCGAACAACUGACUCACGGGUUACUAUUCCAGAUUCUGAUAAUGUUGAGUCUUACUACUGCCAUGAGUUAG